UUUUGUUCAUUGUCUAUGGUAAAUUAAAUAUAUUUUUAAAGUGUGUUUUAUUUUGAGCGCGUGCAUAAUUGAUAUUGUGUGGUGCAUGUAGAAAUGUGAAAGUUUUAUCGUGUAUGAUACAGUGUUGGUUUUACACUUGUAUCCUACUUAUUUUGUACUCAACAGCUGUUUUGGCUUUCAUUGGACGUGUAAAAAUUAGCUUAAAAAAAUGUGAAAAACUCGAUGGAUAUUUAAAAAAAACAAAUAAAUAAAGUGGUGUGAUAAAAUAUGUGAAGUGUACGCACGGAUGGACUACAGUGUAUUGUUGAUAUCCACACGACAAGAUGGCCGCCGGCGGGACAAGAUGGCGGCCGAAGUACCGCCUCGGCGCGGUUAUGUUCGCGAUAUUAUUUCAAGUUAUUAACGGUUACGAAGAAUUAUACACAAUAUCCCAGUUAUCACCAAAGUCGGCCACGGAUCCUCGCUUGUCAGAUUUGAUUCUGCAAACGAGUCAGACGGAAAAUUUCUCAUUCAGCAUAGAACCCAGUGCACGGUACGAUGACGUUGAUGAUAUGCCACCCGAAGACUUAAUAAGCAACGAAGAAAAUGAGAACCACGUCAUUGUAGCUAGGUCUGCAGACCCUGAUCGGGAGACCAGGUCUGUCAAUAUAGAUGAGAUACCAUCAUCGAAUAAUGAGAUAGACAACGACCUAGAAUUACACCACAAGAGGAAAUAUUACGAUAUCCAUCCAACAAAGACUAUAAACUUUAUUAGAAGUAGAGAUGAUGAUAUUUUCAUGUCAUCUGAUGGUUUCGGUGAUAGAUUAGAGUUUAGGUUUCCGGGGGAAGCCAAAAGGGUCCCGAUAGCGCGAGCGCUGAGCCUACCGGGACCCAGGAUCAGGCCUACUGCAGUUCAGCCGAUUUUUGCGACAGCGACCUAUAAAGAUCAGGGCAGACAAAACACGGAAAUUCAGAACAUAAUCACGGGAAUAGUAAAACUUUUAAAUGGAAAUGUAAAUGUGCAAGUUAACUCUCAACUCCUCAAUGGCCGACCGAGCAGACCGGUGGCUUCUAGGAUCAACAAUCGUGGCCCGCCUCGUAUAUCUGAGGUGCAGCCUAUUGCUGACUUCGAGAAGCCAGUAACUCCGGUUGUUCAUGCUUACCAUCCAACGAAGACGCCACCACCUUAUCCUUUCGAUCGACCUCCGCAUCAUGGUGUCAAUUUACCUGAGCAAAUUGUUCCACCGAUGACUCACAGACCAGGGUUAUAUAGACCUAUGCCACCUUGGCAGAGGCCAAGACCUCGUCCUCCAACGAGAAGACCAAACCCUGGUCUACCUAUGUAUAAACCUUCUUUACCACCUCCACCUCUAGAUCUUCCUGAAGUAGAAGAUACAAAGCCAGAGGAAGAAGUAAUAGCAAAUGAGAAUGAAAGUAAUUCAGAAAAUAAUAUUCAUCACGAUGAGACAGUUUCUAUUCAAGAUGACGAUAAGAAAACUGUUGCUAAUGUUGAACAAACAGAAAAAGAAGAAGAAGAAGAUAAAAUAACAACUGUUUCUGAUACCACAACGUCUACAACCACAUCAACAACUUCCACCACAACAGAAUUAACAACUAGUUCUACAACCACAGAACGAACGACAACAGAAGAACUUACAACAAAAAAGCAAACUGAAAAACCAACAACUAGCACCACAACAACAGAAAGAACUACAACAGAGAAACAAAAAACGGAGAAACCUAUUAAAAUAGAGAAAGAAAAGAAAAAAGACACUCCAAUAGACAAAGUUAAACUUGAAAAAGAGAAAUUUAAAAUUAAUGAGGAGAAAGUGCAAAACAAAACUAAAAAUGAAACUACUACAGAAUCGUAUAUACAGUCUUCUAUAUCUGAAAGUAAGACUACACCUGUACUAUUCAUUGCUUCUGCAACGCCUACGGAAGGUCUAAUCACCCAUGCGCCGAUCAUCAAUGAAUCAUCAACAACUGGUGCUGAUAUCAUUGCAUCAAUGAUUAAUUCUCAGCCUUUACCAUCAUCACAAGGCAUCCCAUACCAUCCAUACAGACCUCGUCCUGGAAUAGUCCUCGAUGAUACGGACUUCAAACCCCACGGUUCAAGAUAUAGUAGACCGGAGGCAUCAGUUAUUACAGCUCCUGAGACUCGUCUGCCACCAGGAUAUGGGGAGAUCUUCGAUGUGACAGUGUCUGCUAUUCAAGGUCCUGGAGAAAAGGGAGCUUCUGUACACAUUGAGAAUAUCAACCCAUUGUCAGGCCAUGGGGACCAUGACGACAUCAUCGUGUCACCAUCUGGGGAGCAGGGCUUCGUAUCCAUUGAUGGGAAGAGGACCUACCUGAAUCUCUUCGACAGCUCCUCAGUUCCUGUCAGCAUCAGGCCGACGCAUGUGCAGAAUCUACCACAAUCCGUACCACCGUUGGCCGCUCCACCUCUAGGUCCAGCAAUAGGUACAGGGGUUGCGAUACCAGCUGAUGAUGUGCCGCAGCCCCCACCGCCGCCCCCACGGAGGCAGCACCAGCCCCAAGUGCAUAGACCACAGCAGACCUACCGUCGACCACAACCCACUGUCAGAAUCGACACUUGCAUCGUGGGAGAUGACUCCACAUGCGACCAAACACAGAACGAGAUGUGCAGAACAGAAGUUGGUAUAUCCAGUUGUCAGUGCCGGCCGGGUUACGCUCGUCGCAUCCACCGGGAUCCCUGCCGCCGUGUGGUCGCCCUGCUUCUCAAUUUGAGGGUCGACAGGCUCUACGAUAGAAAGGUGGCGUGGGAUGCGAAGCUAGCGGAUAAAGAGUCUGAUCCUUACCAACAGUUGAGUUACGAAGCAAUCCGAGCGAUCGACUCCGCCUUCUCUAUGACUCCGUUUUCCGAUGACUUCGUCAGCGGAUCAGUGAACUCUGUCCACCGCGGAGAUGAGGACAACCAGGGCGUGUUUGUGAAUUACACUAUAUUGAUACAAGAGACGCCAGAGACCCAGCGCUCUCCGAUCGCGACAGACAUACAGAAGCACAUCCUGGGGGUCAUCAGGCGGAGGUCCAACAAUGUGGGAACAUCGGCCCUAUGGGUGGACACGCCAGCCGGUAGCGUGUUACCAUUGAAAGAUGUGGACGAGUGUGCUUCUCCAGAGCUGAAUGACUGUCACCAACUGGCCACGUGCACCAACACUUGGGGAGGUUUCAAAUGUGCAUGCCCGGACACGACGCUGGACGUAGGCGGGCCACGGACGGGACGAACCUGCCAAGCUUGUAGCGCGUCGCACUGCAACGACCGCGGCGUGUGCCGGUACCGUGAUGGGCAGCCUUAUUGCAGUUGCACAUCGGGAUAUUACGGCAGUACAUGCGAGGUUGAUGGUGAGGUGGUCGGAGUGGCUGUUGGUGCAUCUUUGGCUGCUGCCCUUGUUAUUGCACUGACGCUAGCUGCAUUACUGUCUUGGAGCCGAAAAUGGUCUCGGGAACAGAAAACUGCAGGCAUGGGUUCACCUGUGUUCAACUAUAUGGCCGCCAACACCAUAAAAACUCCGCCAGUCGGUCAACCGCCUUAUCAGGUAUCGAUAGAAGAAAGAAUGCGGUGGGCACAGAUAGCUGAAGCAAUGGCACAGAGUAAUCAUUACGCUCACCUGCAGCAACCUGAAGCCACCAUGGUCACGCGACCAUCCUCCGCUAUGUUUGGGGGGUACCCAACCUUACCCCCCGUACCAUUACCAAGGAUGGGAAUGCAUGGUCACCAUAAUGGUACGCUAAAUACAGUAGCAUCGCGAGCUAACACUGCUGCGUCACAUCAUAAUUUAUAUGGUUACACGAACCAUAUGGCGACAGAGUCUACGAGUUCCGAAGCCUCCAGCCACGUUCAGGAGCGGGCUGACUUGCUUGUACCCAGACCGAAGUCUAGGGCAAGAAGCAUGCACAAUCAAACGGGUAUAUAUUACGAUGUUGAAUACGAGAAUGCGCCAGAAGCCAUCUACGGAACCAAAGGCAUACCUCUCUCUACGUACACGGUGAGCCGUGGUCCGCCAUUUUACCGCGCGUAGUAUUUAUAAGUAUCGGUGGCCAGUAUUCUUGUAUGGGAAAAUAAACUUUAUUCCCUUGUACCUACAACGCUAUUUGCUCUGUCAAAUUCUUCAAAUUGGAACUAUUUUGGCGCUAAUGAACUAUUUAUUUGAAUGAUGGAA